AUGGCGAAUUCCAAAACAAAACUCCUUGCAACACAAACUAUCUUCUCUCUUUUCCUCUUAACAAUUCUCUUGUUAAUCACCAAUGUCAAAUCCGACUCAUUUUCUUUCACCUUCCCCAAAUUUGACCCGGACACCAACAGCAUACUCCUCGACGGAGAUGCUAACACAAGAGAUGGAGUACUACAGCUCACCAAAAAAGACCAACUUGGCAAACCAUCUCCACAUAGUGUUGGCAUAUCUUUAUUCUUCGGAGCCAUACAUCUCUCCGAUAAAAACAGCGGCAAAGUCGCUGAAUUCACCACCGAGUUUUCUUUUGUUGUAAACCCGAAGGGCUCACAGCUUCAUGGGGAUGGUUUCACAUUCUUUCUUGCUUCAUUAGAUUUUGAGUUUCCUGAUAAUUCAACCGAUGGUGGAUUCCUUGGACUUUUCGAUAAAGAAACCGCGUUCAAUAACUCCAAGAACUCUAUCGUGGCCGUUGAGUUUGAUAGUUUUAGAAACGAAUGGGACCCUCCCUUAGGGAACUCAGCUCAUAUAGGAAUCGACAUCAACACGAUUGAGUCUUCGAUCGCUGCUCCAUGGCCAAUCAAUAGUCAGCCGGAAGGAUCCAUAGGAAAGGCGCGAAUCAGUUAUGAUACUGCUACGCAAGAACUGAGGGCAGCUGUGAGCUAUCCAAAUAGUCCUGUUGAAGUUGGUGUUGUUAUAUCUUAUCCGGUUGAUUUUGCGGCGGUUCUGUCGGAAUGGGUUCUUGUUGGUUUUUCUGGUGCUACCGGUCAACUUGCUGAAACACAUGACAUUCUCUCUUGGUCUUUUACUUCGAACUUGUAG